AUGCCAAAUGCAAUUGACAAGCGACGCGUUUUAUAUUUUGUGUUCACAAUAAUCAUAAAAAACGAUUUAAUUUCGGAUUGCGACUGAAAAAAUGUCCAAAUCUGCACUGAAACACCUGAAGAGCACGUGCCGCGUGUGUGGAAAGUAUGCGAGCAACAAGCGAUCGCCGAAAAUAUUCGAACGGACGAACACAAAGAUGAUCGACAACAUUGAGGCGCUAACAGGCUUGCGGUUGGAGAACUAUGGCUGUCUGCCGGAUCAGAUCUGCGAGUGCUGCAGCAUUGAACUGGCCGCCGCCAUAAAGUUGAGGGAGCGCUGCAUUGCCGCCCAGCGGGAGUUGCUCAUGGGAUUGACCGAGGAGCAGCGCCAGGGCAUCUCGGCCUUUUACCGGGCUGCCGUCAUGGGUGAGGAGAUAUCGGAGGCGGUGAAGAAGUACCUGCCGCCCGACGAUGAAGAGGUAUUCGCUACCUACCAGGAAAUAGUGCUCGAGGAGCCAAAGGAAGAGAUCGACGAGAGCAAGGAGUUCGAAAGUACCUACUACGAGGUGGCCGAAGGCAAUACUGGCGAAGAUGAUGGCGGUUCCUUGAUAGAGGAGGCCGAGUACGAAUCCAUCAUGGCCGAGGACGAGGAGCAGCAGCAUAUGGAACUGGAAGAUGAUACCGAGCUGAUUGUUGGCGAUGUCAACGACGCGUAUGUCUACGACUCCGAUGAUGAGGUGGCCGUGCUGGACAAUGUGCUGGACGAUGAGUACGAGCAUGAGAACAUUGUGGUCAAGAAGUGUAGUCUGCCGCCCAAGCCGAAGACCCGCUCGGAUGAUCCACGUCGUCGGGGCACCGGAGGAGUCUAUAUUUGCGAGCAGUGCGGAAACCACAUCAAAGGUCGCAUGGCCUUUGAACUCCACUGCCGUCGCCAUCGCGGGGACAAGCAAUUCGGUUGCGAGCUCUGCCAGUCUCGCUUCUGCACCACUUCCGAACUGAAGCGCCACAUGCGCAAGCACACCGGGGAGCGUCCGUUUGCGUGCCAGUACUGCGGUCGCUGUUUCACCGACUACACCACCCGGGUUAAGCACGAGAGGACCCACACCAACGAACGACCCUACGUCUGCGGAACCUGCGGCAAGGCCUUCACCACCGGCUACAUCCUCAAGAACCACAUGCUGAUACAUUCCGGCGAGCGGGCAUAUAGGUGCGAGCUGUGCGACAAGUCAUUCAUGCUGCCCACCCACCUGAGCACCCAUUUCCGGUCUGGAGUUCACAAACGACACCUGGAGAAGGCCGAAAUGAAGCAGGUCCUUGAGCAGGAGCAGAAACGGGAUCUUAAGGAGGAGGAGGAGGACAGCCUUCACAUCUAAACUCUGAAUGUAGCAAUACUAAGCGAUGCAUGCACGACAAUGGCGCACAGCCAAAAAGCAUUUCUGCUAAAAAAAAACAUAACAUAAAUUGUAAUAGAACUUUAACCAUGAAUAAAAACCAUCUUAAAAACCCAA